GCUGAAUAGGACAGUGGCUUGCAUUUCCACCGAAGUUGCGGGCGACUUCAACGGAAGAGCCUCCUGGAGCCAAGAAGCUGGACUUCGCUUUAAAGGCACCGUUGCGAAGCUGGCCUUCCCAGGCUAAGGCCAGACUCACAAGCGUUUCAAGAAACUGACUUAAAACAAUUUAAAAGCUCUUGGAUCGAGGCGAAUUUCCCCUUAACAAAUGCUGGCGAGUGAUAACCUUUCGCUAAUUCGCAGUCGGUCUAUGGAAACAAUGGUCCCUCAAUGCAAGGCCUUUGUCCGAGAAAUUGAAAUUCUCUCCGACGAUGAAGCAGCUUUAGUCCAAGUCUCAAAACUUCUCGGAAGUGGAGGAUUUGGCUCAGUCUACGAAGGAAAAUACCUCGGGAAAACUGUGGCGGUUAAAAAAAUGAAUACGAACUCAAAAAAUCCUCGAGCAGUGUUGCAGAGCUUUCAAGCGGAGACCUCUAUAGCAUCCUUUUGUCAUCCUCAUAUCGUUCGAACUCUAGCAGCCUCGAGUCUAGAUUGUCCUUUAUCCGAGAGAGUGAUCGUCAUGGAGUUUGCUGGGCCAAGAACAUUAAGAAAUAUUUUGGACAAUGAGAAGGAGGAUAUUAAUGAAGAAAGACGAAUGAAAUUCGCUUCUCACAUAACAAUGGCCUUGGAGUUUAUUCAUGCACAGGAUAUAGCGCAUUUAGACGUUAAACCGGCCAAUAUUUUGGUGGAUUCUAAGGACAUUUGCAAACUGGGCGAUUUCGGUUGUAGUCAAGUGUUAGACGAAGGCGAUGAGAAUCUACCUGCUAGCCCAACCUAUUCAUACCUGACAGGGACGUUUGCCUAUAGAGCACCAGAACUGCUGAAAGGAGAACCACCAACUCCUAAAGCUGACAUCUAUUCCCUGGGAAUUUGUUUAUGGCAAUUGUUAACAAGAGAACAGCCUUAUGGAUCAGAAAAUCUUUAUGUUGUUGUCUUCGGCGUUGUUGCCUACAAUUUACGACCACGUGUACCAAGUGGAGACGCGACGUCGUGCCAUUAUCAACAACUAGUGGAAAGUCUUUGGCAGGCUAGUCCGUGUUUGCGACCCACCGCUAAUGACACUAAAAAAAUUUUACGAUCACUACAUAGACAUCCGAGUGCGAUUUGAGCAAACUGCUGCCGAGGUAUAUUUCUUUUCUGCUCUACACAUGUGGGGAAUUCCUAGCCGUUGAUGUCAAACAGAACCAAUUAACAUUUAAUGUGGUCGCGUGAAUCAUCUUCACAAAUGAGUCAUUUUCUUGCCUCCAAAGUCGUCUCAAAAACAGCCUUUUCAUGAAGGUAGAAACACAUCGACUUAAUUCAACGUCAAGUAUCUUAAUUUUUAGAUAGCGGAAUUUUAUGUCAUAAUUCGCUCUUAGAAAUCACACUCGCUAAAUGUAACACUGACAUUUCGGCUGAGAAAGCGUGAUUUUAUCUUAACUGCUUCUCACAGACUUUUCCUUCCUUAGCGAGCAUGUCAGGGUUAUCGCUUAAACUCUUGGAAAUUUAGAUUGCAAAAUUGUCUCAAAUUAAAUUGUUAAAGAUAAAUUCUCUUUCCUACCACAGGGAAAUUAACAAAGACAUUGCGCGAAAGUCUCUUUCGUUUGCUGUUUUGUGAUACGAAUUCAUUUGCUUAAAUUGUUUGUAGAGACCGUCUUUCUCUCAUCUUCAGUAAUAGGAGGAAAAACUGCAGUAAUUUGACGAAAUAACAAAGGUAUUUUUGAGGUGUUUUUUUUUUGCGUAUCGGUUAACUAUCAUUUCAUUUCUUCUCGCAGCUUGAGUCGCUGUUGGGCGAAGCGGUUUAGUUAUCUACGAGUCUUUAGCAAAGGGCGAAAGGAAAACCGUUUAUCUAAUUAUUAUAAAGAUUCUAAGAGUCGGCAUUGAACGAGUGCAAACCACUUUUGACAAUAAUAGCAAAAAAUAAUAACCUUUUCCGGCCUUUCAUUCGCUUCAAAGUCAUUUUUAACUUUUUAUCGCUAGAAUGUAAAUUUAUGCAGAUUUUAUAUGUAAAGCGCUUUUUAGAUUUAAUACCUGUGAUCGUCAGCUACGACUUUGAUAUAUAGUGAAAAAUAAUUAUUGGUAAAGCUUAUUUAAUAUUGUUACAAAAAGGAACCGUAAAGGACAGCUCAAAGUUCAUGAAUUUCGGAUAUUUCGAGGAAAUGUUAAAAAAAGAUGGACAUUCAAUCGAAGAGAGUCAGAUCUUAUAAAUUCGAAAUUGUCAUUAUUUCAUUGACAAUAUAUUGACCAAAACAUAUUCGACACCAAAACCAAACUUUUAUUACCGGAUUGAUACUUUCGGUAACGCAAAUAGUUAUUCUGUUAUUUUUAAGUACCUAUGACACAGGUAACAACUCAAAUUAUAAUAUAUUUUAUUUGGACCUCCUGUGGCUGACUCCGAUGGCUUUCUCGAGCUAAAAAUAAACCAAGCAACAUGGUCAUGUUUACAGAAUUUACAAAACAAUAAGAGCGGCGAACACAUAAUACUGCAACACGUGUGCUCUAUCCUAGCGACUGUUUCGUAUGCACUUAUGGUUCAAUAUAAUUUUCAUUUAAUUAUUUCUUGCAGAAAUACAUGAUAAUGUUCUACCAUUCUUAGCCGAUAAUGAUUAGAUUCGGAUAUUUCUCAACUCAUUCAAAAUGUUGUUAAUCUGCUUUUUGAAAGCAGAGGUUCCGGAAACUUGAACUCAACUGAUUUCAGUACUUGUAGAAAAUUUGCAUUUUUAGAACGCCAUUGUGCUCACGGCACAAAAUGAAAACCAAACGCAAACAUGCUGAUGGACAUUUACGGCGACCAGGUUCAAUAAUACUUAACUAGUGUAGGUAGCUUGAUUUUCAGAUUUGUAGGAAAUGAUAUAUUUAGUACACUUUGAACGGUAUAUUUCGUAGCUUUUGCUGAAAGACACUUCAUCGCUUGUCGAAUAGACGAGUCAUUUGUUAAAAAGCCCUCGGGUAACUUAUUGACAUUAUGUUGUCUAUAUUUUAGAUAAAUUUUAACGGAAUAAAGUGAAUAUAAAAAUGCU